AAGACGAAUGUCGGUGGUAAGGGCUGAGAUUUCGACAUGUUAUGCAUUAUCACUUCGAAAUGAAUCAAUUAACGACAAUGGUUGUUCUGUUAGCUUCGAUAAAUCGUUAUGUUGGCUGAAAGCCGAUUACGGUGCGAAAGUGGAGCGAUUGUGUCCUUUUACAUACUGCCCUACAGUUAGUGGAUGUGAACAAGUAGCAAAUAGUCAUAUGGUUACUAGAGUUUGUGGUGUAACUGGAGAAUGGCAUGAUUCUAAUUACACUCAAUGUAUAACGGUUCUUGAUGAGUAUCAACACUGCAUACAAGGAUUUUGCCGUUUGUGCCCGGACCUUCUGAGAGACCUCGUCAUUUCCGUCUCCUUAACCCUAUCCAUUGUGUCCGUUGCUCUCCUAGUUGCUGCUAUUCUUCUGUUCUCCAUAUUUGAUUCUAUUCAAUGCCGUCGCCUGUCUAUUCACAAAAAUCUCGCUACCGCUUUCGUCUUCCGCUUCGCCGUACUAGCCAUUUGGACAAUUGUACAAUCUACGAAUUUAUUUAACGACUGCUCCACGUUCAAUCCACAACCAUUAUGGAGCUGGGAAUGGAUUUGCAAAAUGAUACUUUGUCGGUUCACAGUAUUUGCAAUGCGUCAUAACGACGCGCCAUGGUAUCUGUAUAUGGCCUGUGGAUGGGGUGUUCCAUUGAUUGUGGUGAUCUGUUGGACAGUGGUUCAUGAGUACAAGUCUAGACAGCAAGGCUCAUUUUGCUGGGUACCAUACGCACAAGGAAGCCACUUGUGGAUUCUUGCGGGGACCAUGGGUUUCGCGUGGAUUAUGAACUUUAUAUUUCUUCUGGGAAUUGUGAUAAUUCUCGUGCAGAAACUUCGAACGGAGAAUUCGGCUGAGUCAAAGAAAAUCUGGCGUACAAUCAAAGCGACGUUACUUCUAGUACCAUUGCUAGGUGUAUCAAAUAUCCCGCUGUUCUACGAACCAGCUGAGCCAAGUGCUGUUUAUAUGUUGGGAUCGGCUAUCCUUCAGCAUUCUCAGGGAAUUUUCAUCGCUGUACUCUAUUGUUUCUUAAAUGGCGAGAUACAAAACGCCCUAAGGAGGCAAUUGUCUAAAGUUCCCAUAGAAUUUUUCAAGCCAAGACAACGAUUCGAGACGGAGCGAACUUAUGUGCCAGAAAACCGUAAUGUUACCAAACACGGCGUACCUAUGGAAGAACUAAAUGGUACGAAAAAAAACCCUCAAGAAACAACCCCGCUGAAUCAGGCAGGUUAUUCUUUAGGCAUCCUAUUUUUGUAG